CGAACACUUUGGCGUUCAAAACGACAACACCCGUAAAAUGUCCAACCCCUCUCAUGUUUUAAUAGCACGAUCAUCGCGCUCAUCUCAGCCUGUACGCCACGCGACCCUCUCGUCUCCCUUGGAGACCCACGCUGCAGCUAGCGGAGUUUUUCCUAGAAACUCGACUUCCCCACCCGUUGUAUCUUACUAUGCUUCUGAUGAUGAUAGCGAGGAUGAAGGAUCCACUACAGAUUAUCGCGAACACGACGAACCGAUCGAAGUUGAUGCCACUUUCCGCGAAGACGCGCGCUUUCCCGGAACGGUCAAAAUCACCGUAGGUGCGACAACGUUCUGGACACAUAAGGAAGUCCUGUUUUUUGCCUCACCGUUCUUUGAAGCUGCUUUAAGUGGCGGAUGGCGCGAAACCGGCCGACGGGCCUCAGUCGCAUCAUCAAUAAUCACUAUUAGCCAACCACCUCAGAUUCCUAAAAGUGCAAACUCUUCAAAAGCAGGAACUGAUAGACGAACAACUCUUGUUACAGAGGACCAUGAGGUCUUUCAGAUGAGUGCAGAUGAAAACACACCAAAGGACGACUCGGCACGCGACGCCGAGCGUGAUGCUUCACUGAAGAAGCUUGAGAGUGCAGGGAAUGGCACUUUGGAUGCAAGUGGAUCCGCUCCACGAACACACCAUCCGAUAGCAAUAGCAUAUAUUGUACUUCAGGAGGAGAAGGGGAGUCAACGCUGUCAAUGCUUAUGCCCGUUAGUAACAUGCCCGAACGAGCAGGCUUCAACAUUCCAUGACUUCCUCAAAUUUGUCUAUCCUCAUUUAGAGUGUGUCAUUACAUGGAAUAAUGUGGAAGGCUUAAUGAACAUCUCGCACAAACUUGUCGUACCAGCUCUUCAAAAGGAAUGUAUGACAUUCCUCUUGACCCACGCGGCCGGGAAACCGAUCAAGGCGCUACGAAUAGCUGAAUUGUUCGAAGAAGAAGAACUGUACCGCGAAUCGAGUCGAUUUGUACUUGAUAAUCCCGGUGUGCCCGAAGCCGAAAUGCAAACGUUGUCGCAGGAGACACUCCUGAAGCUGGAGAGACGGCGAAGCUGGUUCCUUGAGCGUGUACUGAAACUCGGACUGGUGCCGAUAGCCAAAGAGUAUCAAUGCUGCCUGACGUGUCCAGAUUCUGCCAACUGCGCUAGAUCGCUCGAAGAAAAGUGGAAACAAGGGUACCAGGCACUCUUUCGAUUCGGCCCAGCCCAACCGUCCAUGGUUUUCCGAUAUCUUCGCCAACUUGAAGGCGUUAGCCCGCCUCUUUCACUGACCCACCACAGUUGUCAGCUUACAGCAAAGGCGUGGGUGUCGACACUUUUCGACAGGAUGUUUAGCCUUGGCAUGCGGAACGGACCAGAUGUUGUGCCUCAGGAUCCACGAAUACCAAGUUCCAGCAGCGGUCCCCGAAGACACUUCUUAUUUUGCCCACUGCGAGAAGACAAGAAGCCAACUCGAAAGACACGGGUUGUCACUUAGACGAUGAUGUGUGCACAUCGGUACCACACUCAACCAAAUAACAUUUAUUCCUAUCUUUCAAGAGGCUGAUUUCCAAGACACGUCAGACCAAUGACCAAUGCACACGAAGGAUCUGGGAAGUUCGCGAAUUCAGCGAUCCUAAAAAUGACUCUUGCUCAUCGUCGCCGCCGGAGCUCCUGGCAGAGCGGUCGGGCAACAAUGCAUUACCUCAAUGGCGCAGAAGAGCACAACUGAACGGAUUGUACACAAGACAAUGAGCACUGGGUUCCAAGCUAAUCAGGAGGUCAACUGCAGAACUCGAUUGUGUGGUAGACAUAGCAAGGGAAGCUGUCAUAGAUAAAACAAAGUUAUCCAUGCGACUGACGGCUGUUGAUAUGCCUGCGUGAGACCGACAAUUGAC